UGUCUGUCUCACUUCCUGUCCGUCCACACAGUGGACUGGUUGACAUGCUGCAGGAUGUGUCAGGGUGUGACCAGAGGUUUGUCCUUCCUGCACACUGAGCUCUACAGAACAGACCAGUACAAACCGGCUGUGGCUCACAGAGACGUCACCAGCAGGAACGUUCUGGUCCGGGACGACCUGUCCUGCGUCCUCGCCGACUUCGGGCUGUCCAUGAGGCUGACGGGACACCGGCCCUGUCGCCCUGGAGACGAUGACACAGUGGCGAUAUCUGAGGUGGGGACGGUGCGGUACAUGGCGCCGGAGGUUCUGGGCGGAGCGCUGAACCUCAGGGACUGUGAGUCGGCUCUGAAGCAGGUGGACGUUUAUGCCUUGGGACUACUUUACUGGGAGAGCUUCAGAAGGUGCAGCGACCUGUUCUCAGCUGAAACAGCACCAGAGUACCAGCUGGCGUUUCAGGCGGAGCUCGGGAAUCAUCCGAGCUUUGAGGAGAUGCAGAACCUCGUCGUCCGAGAGAAAUACAGGCCGAGGUUCCCCGACGCCUGGAAGGAGAACAGCCUGGUGUUGCGUUCACUAAAGGAGACGAUGGAGGACUGCUGGGAUCAAGAUGCUGAAGCUCGACUCACCGCUCAGUGUGCAGAGGAGAGACUGACUGAACUCACA